GCCCCCACCAAUCGCAGAGCUCGCAGGACUGACGUUCCUAUCGCGAGGUUAUCACAUUAGCUUGGUUAGUUAGCUAGCCGCGAAAAGCUUGACUGUGUAGCCGCAGUUUACAGUUUUUAUUCUUCUUAAAGCACUGUCAGGACUUCGCACUGCUGUUUGGUUGUUGUCUUCUCACGCCUGCAGAGAAAGGAUAAUCGCCGGACCUUGUGUUUGCACGUGUGUGUCGUCCAUGUUUGUGCUCAGUCCUCAGUAUCCAUCUCUGCACGGUGGCAACGUUAGUGUUCAUGAUCCCAAUGAUGAGUUAUGCUGAAAAGCCAGAAGACAUCACAAAAGAAGAGUGGAUGGACAAAUUAAACAAUGUUCACAUACAGAGGGCGGACAUGAAUCGGCUCAUUAUGAAUUACCUGGUGACAGAGGGUUUCAAAGAGGCUGCAGAGAAGUUUCGGAUGGAGUCUGGGAUCGAGCCAAGUGUGGACCUGGACUCUUUGGAUGAAAGGAUAAAGAUUAGAGAGAUGAUCCUGAAGGGACAGAUACAGGAAGCUAUUGCACUUAUCAACAGCUUACACCCAGAGCUGCUGGACACCAAUCGAUACUUGUAUUUUCAUCUGCAGCAGCAACAUCUGAUUGAGUUAAUCAGGCUAAGGGAGACUGAGUCAGCGCUGGAGUUUGCCCAGACGCAGCUGGCUGAGCAGGGAGAGGAGAGCCGCGAGUGUCUGACAGAGAUGGAGAGAACAUUAGCCCUUCUGGCCUUUGACAACCCAGAAGAGUCACCCUUUGGAGACCUGCUCAACAUGAUGCAGCGGCAAAAGGUGUGGAGUGAGGUGAACCAAGCUGUGCUGGACUAUGAAAACAGGGAGUCAACGCCCAAACUGGCUAAACUCCUGAAGUUACUGCUGUGGGCACAGAAUGAGCUGGACCAGAAGAAGGUGAAAUAUCCCAAAAUGACUGACCUUAGCACGGGCACCAUCGAGGAUCCCAAGUGAACAUAACAGCAGAGAACCGCCACCUUCCUCGCCCCCUUAAUUUAUGAUCAGUCAGUGACUGUGUGACAACCAGGUAACAUAUAUGUAUAAACAAAUGCUACAUUGUUUUUUCAUGUUUCAUCCAUGAGAAGUAAGACUUAACUCAUUGUGCAAACUGUAAAUUGCUCUAUUUGCAAAUUGACAGAAAUUAUUUAGUUUAAAUACUGAUCCUGGAUUUUUAGAUAGAUCUCAGAGACAACAAAAUUCAAAUUGCUGUUUUAUAUUUUGUCUUUCUAAUGCCUAAGCCAGUAGUAUUAUUUAUUGUGACCAUUUUCCCCACCGAGACUUUAUUUUGCCAGGAAGAGAGAUGAUGGUAUAAAUGAGCAAUGUUAACAGUGAGGCAUGCGUGGAGCCAAAAGCUGAGCUCCUCUGGAUGAAGGGGAGAACAACUGUAAUGGUUUAAACUUCGAAACAGCAGACACACAACUGCCCUUUUCUAGUGAAGAUAUGUUUAGAUCGAGAUGACACACUGCAAGAGUCUAGAUUGUUUCAAAUCAGAAAUGAGUUUAGAAUUUAAAUUUCUUACACAAAAUGUGAAUAUUUUUCAAUUAAUGGAAAGACACAGUUUAUUAAUGUAAUAUACUUUUAAUUAAUAUAAUAUUUUAUGUUUUUAUUUAGUAUGAUGUUUGAAGAUUUGCUAAAGAAUCAACCACUUGCAUCCUACACCUUGAAAUUUGAUUGUCCCUUUACAGUACGGCGCCUAAGGGAUAAAUUGGUUUGCAAAUGUUUGAGAGUGAAAUCUGUCCUGAUUGACAUGAUAAAGUCGGAGAUAGCUUUCUGACUGAGCAUGCACUUCCCCCAACGUGCCUCUAAUGGUUGCGUUUGGUUUCAUGUUACAAAGGGUUGAUGUAAGGGCGAAAGCUCUGCCAAAACUCACUGAAGGUGGGACGAUGAGAGAAAGGGCUGCUCCGAUCAAGAGAUCCAAAUGAAUGACGGGGUCAAUCACAGCAGCUCCGAAGUGUGAAAUAUUUGAAAUCUACUUGGACAGAUUCUUUGGUUCAUUGGCUCUUUUGGUCAUUCAUAUAAAGAUCAAAUGCAUUUAAAUUUUGAAGGCGUCUUGAAAAGGUUCACUGAACUUGCUGUUCAUUUUGCCACUUUUAAUGCCGUUAGUAUUUUAACUUUAUCUGCAUGUAAGUGUAUCUUUUUGUUUCAAUGGGGAAAGGCACUUGUGCUUGUUUAUUUUGUUUGUUUACUUUUAUAAAAAAAAAAACAACAAACUUGCUGCUAGUUGUCCAUCCUUAAUUUCUUUUAAGGUUGUAUUGUCUUUAUAGAUAUUGGCUUUGACAAAUACUGAGACCCAGAGAGCUCACAUCCCUUUUAUUAUUCAACAUUUUUAAGAUCAGAUUUGCAGUUAUUAAAAUAAACAAAACUUUUGUGAACCAUA